AUGAAAUCCAUCAUGAGGCUGUUCAUAUUCAUCUUUGUCGCUUUUGUCGGCCCCGCCGUCGCCGAUUAUCCCCGUCACCCGUGCCACGACGUACCCGACAAUCCCAACAGAUGGUGCGACGGAUUCGACGGGCUGGACGUCGGCCAGUUCUCCAUCAUGAUCGGCAACGGGUCGGGGCUGCUACAAAAGGAGAAACCGAGCAUCGAGCGCGUGUCGACCAUCGAGGUCCGGACGCAGCGGGGCAACUUCUCGGGCCGGCUCAACUGCUACACGCAGCAGGGGGAGCUGACGGAGCACCUCUGGACGACCUUUACGAACCCGCUGCUGCCGUGGUCGCUCGACAUACACUCGGGCCACGCCUGCUCCUUCAUCAUCGCCAUGGGCGCCUGGGACAACAUGUGGAUAAACUACUCCAACCAGCACGUCAACGUGCCCGACGACCCGCGCUGCUGGUGGAUCGACUACUACCGGUGGAGGUGCGUGCUGCUCGAGAGGCCCGAGGAGGCGGCGGCGGCCCCGAGGGUUGUGACGAGGUUCAAGAGGGCUGGGCUGGGUAGGUUAGCCAGAGGGUGA